CAGUGAAAUGAGAUAUAGACUUGCUGAUAGCCUGGAUGCCAGUCCAUAUGUUGUACACAGACAUGUUGGCAUGCUAACAACGUUGGGGUAGUUUAAGGAUCACCAGUUCUUUUAUCAGUAGACCUUUGGGAAAAGCCGAAAGAAACAACAGCAAGCUCUGAGACUAGCUGACCAAAGGAGGUGAAGAUGGAUGCUGUAAUGGUUGUUAGAACAAGUACGCACGAUGUUGUUGCUUCGCAGUGUUCAGAUGUUUUGUUAGAUUGUCAGUUCGUUCCUGAUGUCAUGCCGAUAAACUUUGGUAUUCUCUUUGUCACUUGGAAAUUUCAAGGCCAAAAUGUUGCAGUGUUUGAUGAGAAGGUAGAAAACAAGUGGAGUACAGCGCAACUUUUUCCUGAAGAGCUGAAAAAAGGGAAUGCCUCACUGUUGCUUAGACGUGUUGAAAAAAGUAUGGAGGGGCAGUACGUGUGUGAGGUUUUGUAUGCUCCAGACAAAGAAUCUGUUAAACCUACUCUGAAAGUUACAGGUCAGGGGAAAGAUUGUUCACACCCUUCAUUAUCCAUGGACAGUAGAAGACAAGGAGAACACAAUGGCAUAGGCAGGUCUGAAGGAGAGCGAACUGUACUAGCGUUUGUUGGAAUGUUGCUAGCCUUGUUACUACAAUAGUGGUGGUUCUGCUUUUAAUCGGGUUUUCCGGACCUCUCUGCAGCGUGAACAUUUCUGCUAACACAAACAUUUUGAUUCUCACCCAUGUUAAGCUGACAGUAAAACUGAGGAAGAGGAGAAGCAGAAUAUACCAUUCAUCAAUAUUUUACGUUUGCAGUUUGAGCUGUUUUCUAACUUUGGAAAUGACCACCUGAUGUUCUUCGUGUUUCACUGUUGCAGUCAUAACUGUAGGGUACUCCUGCCGGCAGGCAG